AUGGAUAUAGAUGCUGUAAUGGAUUUGCCCCAGACCCGGUCAAGGUCGCAAAGUCAUGAUGGGCCAGUUCGGAGUGAAACGGCCAACACUAUCACCCCUAGACGACCUGGGACUCGUCGACGGGCAGCCUGCCAGACAUGUAGGAAACGAAAGGUCCGCUGUAACAACGCUAGACCAGCAUGUGGCUUUUGCCAACACAAUGGUAUGAACUGCGUCUACAUCGAGCGUGGAGAACCAACAAAGGAGGACCGGGAUCUGGGAGAGGUGAUCGAACGACUGGAUAAUCUGGCCUAUGCAGUCGAGAACAUUCACUCGUAUCUCUCCUCUACGGGAACCCCGAUGUCCAGUGGGCGGUCCGCCGCGCCGCAGCAAACGGGAGGACAGUUGGACAUUCCAGUGGAUGACACAGAGCCAUACAAGGACUAUCUACAAAUUCCUUCCAGUCGCGGUAGCGCGGACACGGUUCUCACAUGGCCGAUUUUCCGCGGACGAUUUCGCGAAAAUGCUUUAAUCACGACCUUAUUCCAGUCGUCAAACGGGGCAGAGAACUCUGCCAUCGAGACAUGGGUUGUGCCCGACGGGUUCCAACCAACGGAUGAGGAACGUAUCCCAGCCCUGGUAGACCAAUUUAUUCAGAAUGUGCACACGAAGAAUCCGAUAUUGGACCUGGAAGCCCUGAUUCGUUGGGGGCGACAUGCUGCGGAGUUUGGACUCCGAUGGGAUGCCCAGUCUUGUCUUGUCCUGCUAGCAUGUGCACUUGGGUGCGUCUCCCAGGCCUUCACGCUUUCUAUGAAAACAGGCCAAGAGGAAAGAACAAUACACGCCUCUGAUGAAAAAUCUUCGUUCGCGUCGGGGUUGAAAGAAGGUGAAACAUUCUUCGUGAUGGCUUGCCGAAGGAUUGGCCUUCUGCGAUACUCCGUGCUUGGGGCUCAAUGCCACUUCUUCGCAGGAGUUUACCUGAUGUAUACGUUUCGUCCGCUGGCGGCUUGGAAUCAUUUCUACCAAGCCUCAACCUUUUACCGACUACGGUUAAGAAUGAUUGAUGGUUUGAACAUUGACGACGAUCUUUCGGCGGACGAAGCGGCACAGCGCGGGACUUCGGUGUCGCGACACAUGGAACAGAGCUUAUAUUGGUCUUGUUUCAAAUCCGAGGUCGAGAUUCGAGUCGAGCUCCCAUUGCCACAGUCGGCAAUUGCCGAGUACGAAUACCCAGCGCUGUUCCCAACCCCGCCGAACCUCUCAGAGGACUACCCGGAAGGUGGAUCACACGGAGCCGGAUGGUCAACGUCUUGGAAUUCGUCCAGGCCAACAAGCAGUUACCAGAGUAAUCGAGCCCAGACAUCAUUUGGUGUGCGAAAUCACAUAAUGCAGCUCUUCGAUGAAGAACAAAGCUGGUACUACUACCUGACUGAAGUAGCGCUCAGGCGGAUUGGAAACCGUGUGCUCAAUGCCUUCUACCGAAAGGGACAGUCUAUGUGGUCGGACAUCAGGCCAUUCAUCCCUCUGGCACUAGAGUUUGAAACACAGAUCGAUGCAUGGUCCGCUAACCUUCCUCCAGGGUUGCGGCACUACAAGGACAAUGAAAGCAGUGGUCAAACUAGAAAUCGCUUCUCUGAGAUGCAGGACUCGAUAUCGCUCGAACUCAGUUGGGCAAUCGCCAACCGAUUGUUGGAGAUUCGCUUGUGGCUUUAUCAGCCCUUUUUGUAUUUCGUCAUCCAUCAUCCAGUUAACCCAGGACAGGAGGCUCGAGGAACUCGAAGCUCAUCAUUUACUGGCGAGGAGUUAGCAACUAUCGCUAUCCUAGUCCAAUCCGGGAUGCACUGUGCCCUGAAGAUAUUAGAAGCAAGAUGUCUGCGCCACCGCCAUCAUGGGAUUUGGUUCGACCUUCGCGCCCUGGUGACAAGCUCCCUAAUCGUGAUUGCUGCCAUAAAAAGCGGCAACCUUGAUGUGCCGGGGAUCGACAGUCCUAUGGAAUUAAAGAGCCAUUUCGAAGGCACACUACAAGCGCUUAGUUACUGGGAAGAUGAGGCUCCAGAUAUCAAGAAGGCUCGCUGUAUCUUGGCCGGGUUGCUUACGGAGAUGGGAUAA